UUGGUAUUCGGCCGAUAAGAAGAAUAGUCCUAAUUCGAUAAGUCAGCAGCAUCGACAGUGGCAGAAUCCCAGCUGCCGGCCCAGCCAGACUCUCUACCAGCGACCCUCAAGCAACCCUAGAGAAGCCGAUCGACGCCUUUCAGCCAACAACAGUUCACCACGCUGUGGGACACGCUGUGGGAGCUCCCGCCGAGGGCAAUCCAGAGUUCCAUCACGGCAUUACCUUCAAAAUCGCAUCUCGCCCAGACCAUUUCAUCCCGUACUGGUAUCCGACAGAUGAAGUCACGGUAGAACAGCUCUGUCCCUCUGGUUCCUUUUGCGUGGCAGGACCUGGCAUAGGAAUCAUGGCGAGUGAUGGUGCUGGCAUCCUCGAUGUGGACUGGCUGCUCCAUUCGAAGAAAGACCAUGCACAUCAUCCCGCAGACAAGAACACACAGAAACAAGAUACGCAAACGUCUGCACCUCCACCAAAUCCCAGCGAACCUACAUCCACUCCCCGUCAGACAACGACAACGACACAGACCCCAGUUGUCAAUGGAAAGAGUGAAAAUACGCCACAGAACGGGACAAACUCACAGUCGCGCAGCCAGCGACCGUCUUUAGUCAGAGGCCAUAGCACCGAAGACAAGAGGAAUCAGAAGAACAAUGUCCCGGCUGGGAAAAAGGAUGGAAGGCGAAGCUCAUGGAUCGCCAGCUUCAGCUCAAAGUUUUCAUCGCCUACACCUUCGCGCACCUCCAAUGUCGAGGCUCAUGCACAAUUAAACCACGCUGCGCCCGCUCCGCAAGCCAGUCCGAGAAUCGAGAUAUCCAAUCCUUUCAACAAGAAAGAGGCGACGGCUAACAAUCAACACGACGUCAAAAAGGACGACACCAAGCCAACGCCUCCUGCUACCCCUACACCACCACGGCGCCCUUCAGUAUUGGUUGCGGCUGGUAAAGAAACCAAGUUGGACCAUCCAGGAUUCUUGUCGAGCGCCUUGCGCAGACUUUCUUCCUCCUCAAACACCACUCUAGGCAAAGGUGCCGCCGCUACAGGUGCAAUCUGUCCGCGGAGGAUCAUGAACAUCGACCCCAACAGGGAGCGUAUCAAGAUUACCGAAUUUGACCAGAACAAACUCAAAAGGGUGGCGUUUUGUGUCGAUGUUGAAAUCGCUGGGUUCGCCUCGCAGGCAGAUGAAGAACCCGACCGAUAUACACGCCCUGCCGGUACCAGUGGGCAAAAGCAGAAGCCUGCAACGACCGAGAAGCAGGCAAAACAAAAGGACAAGGAUGAGGGCGCCGCUUUGAAAGGCAUCGAACCUCCUACUGACGGAGAGGCCGUGUCUGAGCAGCCGCCGCCUGCCGAAACCACGUCUGCGGACAAAGCGUCCUCUGAUGACCCAGGUCCGGUGGCUGACCCGGUGCCUGUCCCUACCACGCGGAAGAAGGAGAAGAAAAAGCGGUCGGAAGCGGAGCGGAAAGAGAGAAAAGAAAAGAAGAGGAGACAUGCGGAAGCGAAUGGUCUUAUACCUCUCGAACUCACUCGAGAAGAUGACGACUCCGACUCCAGUCCUAGCACCACUCCUCCUGGUUCGUCUACUCCGAGGAAGUCGGCCAAUGGGCCUACCACAGACCCGUUGCGCAUCUACAAGCGGUGUUGUCAAUUGCGGGAAACGUCGGUCCUGAACCGAAUGAAAGAACAGAUAACAAAACCCUCGGCGACCUUGUCAGAAGCGCCCGGAACCGUCGCAGUUAUGGAUCUGUCUGGAUUGCAGAUGCAACUACAAGAUAUUGUGACUCUCGGCGACUGGCUUGCCAUCGUCCCUGUGCGUAAACUGAUAUUGGACAACUGUGGUCUCACCGACGAGGGUGUCCGCGUGAUACUUUCUGGACUCGCGAGCUGCAAAUCCCCCGAUCAAGCCAGACAUAAUCGAAAGCUCCCGAAAAAGCUUUCUGGACAAAACAUCGAACGAAUGGGCGUCAUCGAGAAACUCUCACUGAAAGACAAUCCAGCAAUUACCAACGUGGGCUGGAGACAUAUCGGGCUUUUCCUGCACAUGUCGAGAUCUCUCAAAGCCAUCGACUUGUCAGGUAUCAAGUUUCCAGCCGCAGGCGACGCAACGCAUAAUCAAACUGAUCUGGCUUCCCUGCUUAUCCGUGCGCUGUCAGAGAGGUUGGGCGAUAGGCUAGAAGAAUUGGUUUUGAGCGGUUGUGGUCUUUCCACGGAUCAUGUUCGGGACCUUGUGGAUUGUGCAAUCAAGCGCAAGAUCCGACGCCUGGGCCUUGCCGAUAACAAUCUUGACCAAGCCGCCGUGACGCACGUGGUACAAUACAUCAGGUCUGGUGCUUGUGAGGGACUUGAUUUAGGUGGCAAUGACUUGCACGGCAUCAUGCAUAUCUUGGCGGAAGCAGCCGACGAACAAUGUCCGCUUCUUGCCAUCAGCCUCUCGGAUUGCAAUCUGACACCCGCUGACUUGAGUGCGGCUUUGCCCCCAUUCACCAAGCUUACCAAUCUCAAAUUCAUCGACCUCUCGCGGAAUCGAGCCCUUUUCAGCGAUGAUCCAAAUGCCGUUCCCAUAUUCCGACGACUGCUGCCAAAAAUGGUGCCACUACGACGGAUACAUCUGACAGACGUUGGGCUCACGCCAGACCACGUUAUAGCACUGGCCGAGAUACUACCAGACUGCCCAUCGCUGGCUCAUAUUAGUAUCCUGGACAAUGAACCUCUGAUCCAUGUGAUGAACUCCAAGGAAGAAGGAGCCCAAGAAGAAGCCUGCGCAUUCUUCGCUUCGUUGAUGACCGCCGUCAGGGUAUCUGGGACGAUCAUUGCGGUUGAAAUUGAAGUUCCCAGUGCCGAUAGCAGUGAGGUGGUCAAGGCGCUUGCGUCACAAGUGGUCGCUUACAGUCUUCGGAACAUGGAACGAACCACUCUCGACGAAGUAGGCGUCAAGCCAUCCGUCGCCGACAAGGAUGCACCAGAAGUCUUGUUGCAUAUCGUUGGCCACAUGGAAGGCUAUCAGGUCAACCAUGAUAAGGAUGACCCCGCUCCAGAUGAAGACUAUGUGAUUGCAUCUACCGGUAUUGUCAAGUGCCUGGAUGUGAUUCUAGGGAGCAAAGACGGCAACAGCCAGGUACAGUCGAGGAAUAUCAGUCCUGCCCGGAGUGGCACAGUGACUCCCAGACCGGAUAUGCGGCAGAGAAGUGUAUCCAAGCCACGGGAUGUCAGUCUAGAACUUUGCGAAAGUGCCAGGAAGAUACGAGCGAGGCUGAGGCCUGCUUUGAUCAAAGAGGAUCGGGCUGGGAAUGAUGCCAACUAUAGACGUCUUUUCUUUCUUGAUCAAACCUUGCAACGUAUGAUUCAGCGGUUUGAGGAUGAAUACCCCGAAGCCAAGCAUCUUGCCUCAUCACCGCCAGGGCCCAAUGGGCUACCUUCUCCUGAUCCGUCCAUCGAUGUGUCACUUCUCUCGGCUUCGGUCGAUUCCAACGGUUUGAUGAGGAUGGCAUCUGGGGAAGAGGAGUAUUUCCCGAACGAUGCUGACGGCCCGAAGGAUGAGUUGGAAGUUAACCUGCCACGAAGACCGUCGACCACAUCUCUUGUUUCCAAAGCUUUUACAGAGGAGGAAGGCCGCAUGCAUCGGUUUGGUCAAUCCGUGCGACGAGAAUUGCUCAAGCCGACUGGAACGGAUGAUGUUCUGCACGGCACAACGGUGGAUGAUCCGGCAGAGUCGGCUCACCUGGCCGCCCUCCGCCUGAAACUGGAAGAACUCAAAGGCGAGGAUAUCCGUCGCAAAGUCGAGAGGGAUGGGCCGGACAAUGUCAUUCGGCAGCUUGGUGUGAGCGCUCAAGAAUUGCUCAUGUUACGAGCAAAUGAUCCAGAAGGAUUUGAGACUUUUAAAGAGUCCCAACUGGCUGCACAGAUCAAUGCCGGACUGAUUGAUGUCGAAGGGCAUGAUGAACAUGCAAUUCAGUAGUACUGGAGGAGUUGUAUAUCUGGUUGGUCACAGUGACAUAUAGUGUUGUCGAUCUGCGUUCUGAGCGUUGUGAUGAUGAUACCUGGGUGGGCCGUACGUACGUGCAUACGAUGUUGGUGGUUCCAGCGGGAUUUGAAUAUACAAUGUCACCUUUCAACAAUAUCGAGUUUCAGGAUUGCUUCAAGGACAACCAUGUGCUUCACGAAGAUAACUUGUCGUACACCGUAACAGGCGUCAGCAGCGACUUCUUGCACAGAAGUACCAUAGUGAGGC